AUGUCAGUUGAUGAAGUGUUUAUAUGUAUUUUGUUAUUUUAUUUUUCAGUAUUGUUAUCAUUAUCAGUUUUAUUAUUAGCUCGUGGAUCGGCCAAUGUCCGCCACACUGCCAUAGUCUAUGGUCAGCUGAGAAAUACCGCUGGCACCGAAAACGUCGACCCGAAAUACAAAUACCCGCAUAAGCCACGCCCCUUGUGCGACGGCAGUAACUUCAGACUCAGGUUCCUAGUUUCUUAUUUUUGUUUAAAGAACCGAAGAGUAAUUACCAAUACCCUCCCUCUCCCUUCAGACGUGGUGGGCGGUCUGCACAUCACCAAAGUGGGCGUGUCGACGCCCCUUGCCGUGGGCGAGAGCGGCUGGCUGGAGUGCGAGUGGGCGGACGACGGCGACAGCAUCUACGCCCUCAAGUGGUACCUCGGCCUCGACGAGUUCUACCGCUGGACGCCCGCGGAAGACCCGCCCGUGAAGACAUUCAAGAUCCGCGGCGAGCCCCUGCGGGUGGACGCGUCCGCCUCGCACAAAGGCCGCGUCCGCAUCCAAGCCGUGACGCUGGCGGCGGCCGGCGUGUUCCGCUGCGAGGUGUCCGCCGAGGCCCCGUCCUUCCACACCGAGUCGCACGUCACCUACCUGACCGUCGUCGACCUUCCUGACGAGAAACCGAGGAUCAGCGUCCCACAGGACACGUAUCAGCUGGAAGAGGUCGUGGCGCUGAACUGUUCCUCGCCCCGUUCGCAGCCUCCUGCCGAGCUCACUUUCUACGUCAACGGAGAGCAGGCGGACUCAUCGUGGCUGAUCCCCCACAACGCCAUCGCGGAGGAAUCCAACAGCCAGCACCCACCAGGUCUCCAGACGGCGAUGCUGGGCCUCAGAUUCACCCUCUUUCCUCGUCUUCUUCGCCGUGGGUCGGUCGUGGUAAAGUGCACGGCGUCCAUCCUCAAUUUGUACUGGGAUAGCAGCGAGGUGGUGAUCCACGUGGACCAGCCGUACCACGCGUCCAUUAUGGAGGGGAGAGCAGCGUCGUCUGCGGCUGUGGAAGGAUCCGUGACGUCACUGAGCCAAACGCUCUUUGUCCUUAUCUCCACGUGUUGGCUCCUUCAUUAGUCCACGCCCACGUCUACGCCCACGCCCACGCCCCAUGGCAUCCGUCAAACGCCCGUGUGAAGGAGGGUCAUUGAUUACGAAGCGAAUGUCAGAUGAUGUGCUAUGUGUGUCUGUGUUAUUUGACUUGACUUACAUGGGCUGAGCUUAGAAACGAAAAUUUAUUUAUUAUUUGAUUUAUUAUUAGAUUUAUUCAUCAUUAUCUACAUUAUCAUGGUUAUUAUUAUCAUAAUGAUUGUUAUUAUUGUGUGCUUUUUAAUUAUUAUUAUUAUUUAUUGGUA